GUGGGUGAAGUUGUUAUUUUUCUUUAGUUAUUUUAUCUUAAAGAAAUAAUCAGAGGUUUGAAAUUUAUCACAUUUCAAUUGAUAUUGGCAUCGAAAUAUUAAAAAAUGAACAAUUUAACUCAAUUCCCAAUGAAAACCCAGUGAACAAAGUAAAAAUAAAAUCAAUAGACACGAUUUUAGCAGAAAAGUAGGAAAAAACUUCAAAUCAUCGUCGUCAAAGUCGAAAAGAACAAACCAAGAACAAAACAAAGGUCCGUCAGGAAUUUCAGAUUUUUGUGUGUGUUUUCUUUUUUGUUUUAAAUUUUGAUUUCAAUAAACUAUUUUAUCAGCAAAGAACUGUAUAAGUUAUUAAUUCAAUUCCCGGAUGUGGAUCAAAUAGAUCAUUGAUUCCAAAAUUAUUUGCACCUAUUCAUUAACAUCUGGGAAAAGGAAUAAUUUAAGUUAUUACCAAAAUAAGGCUGCAUAUCAUUGAGAGAUUUUGAUGAACUCCGAAAGCAAGAACUCAGACGACGAAGCUUCAAGAUUACCUGAAGAAUCGUCGUCUAUUAAUAAAAAUACAAACAAUAUCGAAACCACCACAUCAGACUUAUCACAAUCAUCAGCAAAAAGUAAUUUUAAUUCAGACAAGAACGCAAAAAGUUCAACGACUGCAACAACCCCCACAAGUCAUAACGAUACGCCCGAUAUGAAACGCACUGCAGUUAAAGAACUAAUCGAACGAUAUUUCUAUCAGCUGCAAAAGGGCUGCGGCAAUCCAAAGUGCACUAAUAAAUAUUGUGCCUCCAGUGGUGAAGUAGAACAGAUGACACCAAAUCAAAUUGCAGCUCGUGCCAUUCAGCUCUUCUCCCAGGAUGCAAAAUUAUGCGAUUCAUAUAGUCAGCCAUCUAAGGUACCAAGAACAUCAAACGAUUCGAAUGAGUUACCGUCUUCAAGCAGUCAACUGUCGUCUCCAAGUACGAAUUCAAAAACUAUUCCUAAUAAUGAGGCUCACACACAACCAUCAACAUCUAGUCAUUUUCAAAUAAAUUCUGAAUCAUUUCUGUCCAAAAACAAAAAAUCAUGCGAAAACAUUUCGUCACCCUCUACGACUGUGACGUAUUUGGAUGAACAAAUUAUUAAUGAUCUUGUAGAAAGAUGUAAGAGACAAAACUGCUACACAGAGCUAACACAAGCCAUUUACGCAACUUUCUUCAGCUUUGAAUCUUUGAGCAAAAGUUUUGUUCGUCAAGAAUCUGAAGCGAUUAAUAAAAUUCUCGAAAGAGCUGGUAAGUCUGACCUCAAGUCUUUGAAAAAAGAAGAUUUGCGCACAUUAGAAGGCGAGACUGAUAAAGACGAGGAUAGCAGUGCAGAGUUAGAGGAGAAGCCCAGAGACCCGGGUGACACGUUGGUAGAUUAUGACAGUCUUCGAAGAUCUCUCAAUAAACUGUUUGAACUGGACAAUUCGGCAGUUGUUGAUACGUUAAAUGCGGCCAUUGAAGGUCUUUUCCUCGGAAUAUCAGGUGAUCUUAGGUUAAAAAAAACUAACAACUACUUGGAGGAAGGAAUGCUGCAUUGUUUUGUUAUAGCAUUUGAUAUUGCUCGUGCUGCACCCGAUUACAUAGAACGAGCACUGCCAACUGUAUGUAAAGCUGCGUCACUAUUGUCUGUCAAUCUCAGAGCACGGCUAGCCAAAAUAUGGUCAAAACUUUCUAGAGACAAUCUUGAAAGCCUCAUAAUAUGCCUGCAACAGUUAAUAACUUUGGAGGUUAUUAUAGACAGCGGUCCUGUACAAGGAAAUGCAUACAUUACAGCAGCAACAAAAACACUCAAAAUUGCAUUUUAUGCAAAUAUUCUUGCUGGUCAGUUAGAAACUGCAAAAGUCGGUGAUGCGGAACAGGACGAUGUACAAGCGAAUGUCGAAGAUGAUGAUUACUUCUUCUAUCAACAACCUACAAAGCCACUUUCACAGAAAUUUCCUGAGGACAAAUUAGAAGCCGAACUGGGUGUUUCAGCUUUAGACUGCCGGGUGCCGUUGGUGCCAUUUGAAGAAUUUUACAAUGAACCUCUGAGCGAUGAGAUUCAAAUGGAUCGAGACUAUUUGGCCUACAAGAACUUGUUACUAGACGCAAAUGGGGAAGAAUUUGAUUUUACGUUUAUGCUGUACUCCUUUAUUCUGACGCCUGCAAAGAAAGUGAUAGCGUUGUACUAUGACAGCAGAAUCCGAAUGUACAGCGAACGCAACCAGUCGAUGUUUACUGCAUUGAGUUAUUUUGGUGGGGACAAUGAAAUCGGUCCCAGGCCAUAUUUGAAACUGAAAGUUCGUCGGGAGCAUAUAAUAGACGACGCAUUAGUUGAGCUGGAAAUGAUAGCCAUGGGAAGUCCAAAGGAUUUUAAAAAGCAAUUGGUAGUGGAAUUUGUCGGUGAGCAAGGUGUUGACGAAGGAGGUGUUUCAAAAGAAUUUUUUCAAUUAGUGGUUGAGGAAAUUUUCAAUCCAGAUUUUGGUAUGUUUACUUAUCAAGAAGACACGAAGACUGUAUGGUUUAACUCUUCACCUUUCGAAAAUGAGGCCCAAUUUACACUAAUAGGAAUAGUCUUAGGCUUAGCUAUUUACAACAAUAUAAUUUUGGCUGUGAAUUUCCCAAUGGUUGUCUACCGCAAGCUGAUGGGAGGGCAUGGUUCAUUUUAUGAUCUUGCCGAUUGGAAUCCUACUCUUUACCGUAGUUUGAAAUCGAUGCUUGAAUACGAUGGAAGCGACAUGGAAGAUGUCUUCCUGCAAACCUUCAAAAUUACCUAUAGUAAUGUAUUUGGAGAAACUGUAGAACAUGAGCUUAAAGCCAAUGGCGAUACCAUCGCAGUUAAUCAGGAGAACAAACAAGAGUUUGUUGAUUUGUAUAGUGAUUUCUUGUUGAACAAGAGUAUUGAUCGACAGUUUAAGGCGUUCAAGAAGGGUUUCGAAAUGGUUACCGAUGAAUCUCCACUGAAACUGCUUUUCCGUCCUGAGGAGAUUGAAUUACUUGUUUGUGGGAGUCGGAAUUUCGAUUUUGUGGAGCUGGAAAAAUCCACAGAAUACGAAGGUGGUUACACAAGCGAUUCCCAAAUAAUCAAAGACUUUUGGAGUAUUGUACAUUCUCUGCCAGAUGAAUCAAAGAGGAAACUCUUAGAAUUUACCACCGGUUCGGAUCGAGUACCUGUGGGUGGUCUGAGUCGCCUGAAAUUGCUCAUUACCCGCCAUGGAUCGGAUAGCGAUCGUUUACCAACGAGUCAUACCUGUUUUAAUGUUUUACUCCUACCCGAGUAUAGCAACAGAGAAAAACUAGAAGAAAGAUUACUCAAAGCUAUUAACUAUUCAAAAGGUUUCGGGAUGCUAUAAUGUUUCAAAUCAAACGAACAAGUUAAAAAUGCGGUGUAUGAAAUGUUUAGAAGUUUGUUUUAUUUCAACAUUGAUUUUAUUUUUAUAUGUAUGUCUAUUAAAGCAAGGCGCGCAGAGUGUAUUUAUAAAAAAAGAACAAUAAACAUAAAAAUAUACAUUGUUUGCCUAUUGCUGCUAACAGGUUAAAUAUUUAA